CUAUUUUGGAUGCUGAAUCAAAAGAGAAUCAGACUGUGUCUGCUGUCCUUGGUAACACUGUUGUUUUGGAGAAAAAGAUAUUCAGCAAUUUCAACAUUACUUUGCACAUGUGGAUAAACGGACGUGAUCAGCACUUAACAGGUCGAGUGUCUAUGAUAGAAGUGACGUUAAAUAUCUACGGUAUUACAGUGAAAGAUGGAGGAUACUCAAUCACAUUGAUGAUUCCUCAGUUAAAUGACUUUGACCUGGGACUUUAUAAGUUGGAUGUCUGUAACAUAUUUGGGUGCGGCCAUUUUUACACAACUUUAAAAGUAGUUUCAGAACCGGGCUCCACUUCUGACUCAGUACUGGUAGUAGCUGUUUCAGGUGUCACAGUAGUUGUCAUUCUGGUGGUCAUCAUUGUCGUGGUCAUCGUCAUAGUCAAAAAGAGGAGGAAUUCAACAAAAAACACACAUUCCGAUGAUGAUAAUCAUGAGUAUAUGAACCAGAACAACAACCAGCAGGAUUCCAGUGGUGAUAAUCAUGAGUAUAUGAACCAGGACAACAACCAGCAUGGUGAACGCCCGGCUGUGGAAUAUGUGAACACUGUGAACGAUGUGAACAAUGUGUAUGAUGUGAACACUGUGAACAUUCAGACAGACGAUCCCCAUGUUUAUCAAAACUCUGAAAAACUGAUGACUUCUUAAAAUUAAUUAAUUGAUUAAUUUUAAGUUAUUUUCUUGCUUAUUACAAAUUAAGGUUCAAGCACACACUGUAGAUACCUGGGCUGUCUGUCGAAGGCUGUGGAUUAGUGGUUGGUUGUUAGUGGUUCUGUGGUGGUACCAGCAUUAUUGUACCGAUGUGAGAUAUGGGGUUUUGAGAACUUUGAUAUGAUAGAAAGACCGCAUAUUAAAAAAAAAUAAUAAUAUUUAUCUCCAAUUACAAAACAUAUCCCUGUUUUUUUGUUUUGUUUUGUUUUGUUUUUUUGUUAUAUAGUGAAUUUGGAAGCAGACUUCUUUCCUUGAUUAUAUAUUUUGGGGGUCAAACUACAACAUUAACAGAUGCUUCUUCCCUUUUGCAUCGCCCGUAGGAGGACUGCUACUCCCAAUGCAAGCUUACAAAACCCAAAACUUGCACAAAGUAGAGCUCAAUGGAAUAUAUAUAGCUAUGAUGGCAUUCACUCAUGAAACACUGUUAAAACAUUAUGAAAUAUUGAUGUUUAGAUAGCAUAGGUCAGAAAAUAUUUGUCAACUGAUAUAUCGUAGCUUAUUUCCAGAUAUUAUAUGUGGAAAUAUUACUUGUAAUAUAAGUUUAGAAUUCAAGUUGGAGAACAUAUCGUGUGA